UUCUCUAAAGACCUUAAUGAAUUUCUGCCAUUCCUGACCUCUCCUCAGCUGCCAAAACACACUUUUUUCCCCUAUUUCUAAUCUGCAAGAAGCCUUAAAAUAAUAGCAUUACUGUACUUCCCCAAAGCCGCUCAGGGAAACCCCAUCCCCGAGCGCCACAAGCAGCUCCAACUCAACCUCUGUGCCUCAGACGGGGAGAUGCCCCAGAAGAAAAGUGCUGGCUGUGCUGGGAGCAGGGCUGGAGCCUCGGGGCUCCCGAGAUAAACCCGGGGCCGCGGGCACACGCAGGAACCGGGGCUCGGCCGCAGCUGCAGCGUUUCCUGUUCCACAGAGACAGCAAGAGAGCUCAGCAUGAGCUGCCUGGCAUGAGGAGGGCAGCCGGGGCGUGCUCCUGCCCGAGAGCACCCGGCUCGGCACCCAGGGCAGGACAGGAGCCUGGCACAGGGCAGAGGCCCCGAGGGGACAAGGCCACCAUGCCCAGGAGGGCACGGCCGCGCCCGGGAGAGAGCUACGAGGAGCGGAGCGAGCGGCGGCAGGCGGCGCGGCCGCGGGGCAGGGACAGCGCUGUCCCAUGCUGCCACCCUGCCCGCCGGCCCGCCCCGCCGGCCACCAGCCCCCGGCAGGCAGAGUUCCUCAGGAGGAGGAACCUGGCGGCAGAGCCCGGGGAGACCCCGCCGGGACACGAGCCCGAGGCAGCGACCCCGCUGGAGCGGUCCCCGCGGGUGGAGCCCGGAGCCAGCGCCCUGCUCCAGCACCCCAGGAGCUGCCCCACACUCCCCCCUGCUCAGUCCCUGCUGAGCCUCAGCAGCCCCCGGGCACGAGGGGACUCUGUCACCACCCAAGGAACACAGACCCUCCCAAGCCCCAGCCCAGGAGUGACAGACUCGAGCCAGCAGACAGACUGGGGAAUAGCAGUUUUAAAUAAGGAAAUGGUGCAGCUCUCCAACUACCUGAAGGAGGCCCUGCACCGCGAGCUGCUGCUCAAGCAGAAGAUGGUGAUUUUACAGGAGCUGCUGUCCACUCUGCUCCAGGCUUCGGAGAAAUCCUGGCAGGGCCAGCUGAACGAGGACAAACUGAGGUGUAAACUACGGGUGCUGGAAAAUCAGCUGCAGGCCUGCACCCAGAGUUACUCAAAGGAGUGUGUGAAGAAGAUCCUGAUAGAGAUGGAGGACCAGAAGCAGACCUAUGAGCAGAAGGCAAAAGAGGCUCUUCAAAAGAUGCUGGAGGAAAAACUCCUAACAGAGCAGAAGCUGCAGAACUCUCAGAGAAGCCUGGCAGAGAUGCGAGAGAGCCUGGCCCUCUGGAAGGAGCACAAUGCCACACUCAAAGCCGAGCUGACCAGGGAGAGCACAGCACACACCGAGCUCAGAAACAGCUUCCAGGCUUUGCAGAGCGAGCUCCAGCGAGCGGACGCGCAGAGCCAGCGGCUGAGCCGGGAGCUGCGGGCGCUGCGGGACGAGCGCACGGAGCUGCUGCAGCGAGCCAGCGCCCUGCGCGGCGACAACGACCGCCAGGCCGGCCACAUCCGCCACAUCCAAGAUAAAUUGCAAAAAGAACAAGAGCAGAAAGUAACACUGGAGGCAACAAUCAGCCAUUUGCAGAACUUGAUCCAGAACCAGACCAACCAACAGAAGAGCCAGCAGGUGACAGUGCAAAGGACAGACCAGGUUUUCACCACACAGACCCCACCUCUCACUCCUGCCAAGGAAAAACAAAAAGCUCUGUCAGAGCACCCCGAGGAGGAGGAGGAGGAGGAGGAGGAAAUGUGCUCGGUGGUUUUGCCUUACUGGCAGCAAAGCAGGCAGCUCUGUGCCCUGCCCCUGCAGGUACCCCAGGACGCUCGGGCAGAGCUGGGCCAUGCACGUUGCAGCCACUGCCGCAGCCCGGCCGCCCUGGGGGCGUGCAGAGCCCAGGGGACCCCUCCUGCUGAGAGCCCCUCGCUGUGCUUGCAGUGCUCGGAGCUGCGCGUGGAGCUGGAGGCGCUGAGCCAGGAGUACCAGUCCUGCCUGACCCGGCUGCGCCAGUGCCGCGACGAGCUCAACCGCUCCCACGGCAGCCAGGCACAGAGACGGCGCGGUCCCUGCAUCCCUCUCCUGGUGGCAGUAGCAGCAGUGGCCGUCGCCGCCUUCCUGGCGACUUACAGGCUGUGAAGGAGCUCCCUGAUGACUGACUUCACCGCAGGAACUGACCUGUGCUUCACCAGGAGCAACCUGGCCUCACCUCACCUUCUGCUGUUUUGUAUGUGCACACUGGGUUUGUAUCCCGAGCUCUCUCACUGCAGCCAGCUCCUGUGACCACGGGCACAUCACCCCUUCCCUCGGCUGCUGGGGUUACUCCAUCCUGAGCUGUCUCACUCCAGCCAGCUCCCACAAACACGUGGACAGGACAUCACCCCUUCCCUCGGCUGCUGGGGUUACUCUGUUCCUGCCCUGAGGCACCGAGGGACAAAGGCCCUGUGCCCACCACUGCUGUGGCUCGCACAGGGUGAGAAGGACAGGGCAUCCUGUGCCCUGGCAUCCAGCCUGCCUGGGGUUUAUACCCCCAAGCUCUCCUCCUGUAUUUACUGCCUCCCUGAAUGGGAGGUUCUCGAUCCUGGCUGUCUCUACCCUUACCUGACAAAGGAACCAGCUCAGGGGGGCUCCUCAGCACAGUCCCCUCGUGUGUCCUGAGCAAUUCUCCCACCUGACGCCCACUGCUUUAUCCCACUCCUGCCUCUCCUGUGGCCGAGCAUCCCCACAGCCACACCUGCUUCCCCUUCACUGCCAGCACCACAAGAAUUCACCAGAGACAGGGGUUUAAAGUCCCUUUUGCAGCUGCACCGUGCAGGUUUUACAGCAGUACUUGCCCAUCAUUCAUG